AUGAAUCAGCAGGCCAGAGAACGAUUGCACAGAUUCCAAACACAUCUCUUUGCAGCAGAGGCCUGUUUGGAUGCAGCUAAAGGACAGAAACCUCAGGGUGCGACUGGACAACAAACCCACAACCCUCUCGAUGCUGCUGGACAUAUGCGGAAGGCCAUGCUACAAGUGGAUGCUGAAGCCGCCGAUGCAGCGGAAAAUAUAUACAGCGCACGAUUGACGGGAAAGGAUCUUCUGCUAGCUAUAAAGCGACGUCACAAUAUCGCGUACGCAGAGGAGGAGUAUCUGCAAAUGUAUGGCAAAUGCAUGGAACCUCACUUUGACAGCAAAAGAGCUGGGUCAGUUGCUGCGCAGGUUGAAAAGAUUCUGGUCCAGCGUCGCGGUCGGCUUGAAAGCCGCAUGCAAACCUGGAAGUCGGAGUUGACGUUGGACGGCAUGAUGGAUAUGAUGUGCAUCGACGAUUCCAUGGACUUGGCUCCACCAGAUUUGACCGAAUUCGGCGUUGCGAAAGCACUAUUUGCAAACGUCAAGCAGUCUACACCAAUUUCUCGACCUGUUCAGGGUCAAGGUAUUUCGAUGCAGCACCACACGCCGGCUCCUGCACCGGUGAGUACAAGGAAAUCCACUUCCAAUGCAGAACUGUUGAACGGUGCUGUCAAUCGGUCACAACGGUCGGAAUCAUCACAAAUGAGAAAAGACCUUUUCGGAACUGAAUCGGUGGUUCCGCAGUCUGGUAGCAGUCUCCACCGUCGAUUUUCCGAACACGUUACUGGGACACAAAAUCAAAACGUCCGGUCAAGCACGAGAGGUCCAUCAGCGGGUGGUCAUGUUGUCAGCUUGGCGGCAUUGAGACCAUCAAAUAGACGCACGGACACAUCUGAUGAUCUUGAUCCUAUGGACAUGGACGAGCGAAGUGGAUAUAAGAGACGAGCCCGUGACUCGGAUGAAGAGGAAAGCGAAGAAGAUGCAUUUAAUCGCAGGUCCAAUCCAUCAAGUGAUGGGUUCAUGACCGGUGGUGAAAAGCUGGCGCUGGAUAACUUGACCAAGAACCGGGGACGCAUACCGCCGAGUUCUGGCCGGGGAGGGGCAACUCUUACUAAAAGAAAAAAGCAUCUUGGUACAAACGGGCGAAGGUUUGUCUCACCACUGCUGAAUAGGGAUGAGGAAAAUAGUACCAGUUCUACGCGUGCAAGGAAAUACCUACCGCAAUCCGCCCAAAGCCAGGAGGGCGAAGAAGUGGAUGAGCGCCUUAGAAAUAUAGAACCUCGGAUGAUUGAGACGAUCAUGAAUGAGAUGCUGGAUAAAGUUGCUCAAGUCACUUGGAACGACAUUGCUGGUUUAGAGCUCGCGAAAAGCACAAUCAAGGAGAUUGUAGUCUUUCCUAUGUUGCGACCGGAUAUCUUCUGCGGGGUACGAGCGCCUUCAAAAGGGCUACUUUUGUUUGGACCGCCUGGGACAGGGAAGACAUUAAUUGGCAAAUGCAUCGCCAGUCAAUGCAAGGCGACCUUCUUCAGUAUCAGCUCCUCCUCAUUGACAUCCAAAUGGAUCGGAGACGGUGAGAAAAUGGUGCGCGCUUUAUUUGCUGUGGCACGCGUACACCAGCCAAGCGUCAUAUUUGUUGAUGAGAUCGAUUCGUUGUUAACUCAACGGACUGACGGGGAGCACGAUGCUACCCGACGGAUAAAGACGGAAUUUCUGGUUCAAUUUGAUGGUUGUGGGACAGAUAAUGAAGAUAGGAUUUUGUUGAUAGGUGCAACCAACAGACCCCAUGAAAUCGACGAGGCUGCCCGCAGGAGAUUUCGGAAACGGCUCUACAUCCCGUUACCCGAGGCUGAAGCACGUCGAAGUAUUGUUUUGAAUCUCUUGUCGAGACUCAGACACGCGCUAUCGGACGAGCAUGUUGACGAGGUGAUUCGCCGAACCGAUGGUUACAGUGGUUCCGAUAUGGACGGUCUCGUCCGCGAGGCAGCUCUCGACGUGUCCGACGUCCGCCCCAUUAUCCUCGAAGAUUUCAUAGACGCGCUGACGCAGGUGAAACCCAGUGUUUCGCCAAAGGAUUUAGAGCUGUAUGUCAAGUUUGAUCAAGAGUUUGGAAGUGUUAGUAGAAAACCUUGA